CUCACAAUGGAUUCCGCAUUUUAGCCUUCAAUCACUGCGAUUUAGGAAGCCUCAAUGUGAUGUUGUUUAUUUCGAGUGGAAAUCGUCGUCUGCUUAACACACAUCUUGUUUACGUUUUACCGUUUUACUUGUAAAUUCUCUCAAUAUUUAACCUACGUCAAACUUGUUAGUUUAAAACUUAAGUGAUAGUGAGUGUACUGAAAUGUUAAGAUUAUCUUUUCCUGGGGCAUUCAAGAUUCUGAAUGUACAGAAUAUACCAACGGGUAGGACGUCAGCGACGUCAGUAAGAAAUAUCCAUAGAUACUUUAUAAAAAUCGUUUCAAAUCGUUCAAACUGGUUCAAGCAUCGCAAUGAACUUCUCAAUCGUGAAGAAAAUGUUGUAGAUACACUCUAUAACGGUUUAUUAUCGUUUAAUAGAGCUUGUUUGGCUAAAUCAAUCACUUUAACAGAGUCAACUCAUUCAAGAAAACGGUUGCAGGCCAAAUCACUGUUAAAAAAAGCUCUGCAGCACUGCAAACAAUGUCAACAACACGACAAUUCAUUCAGUUUUUGAAUUGGAUCAUCAGGGCCACCAGGUGCCGGAAAAUCAACAUUCCUGGAAAACAUGGGCAAGUUUCUUACCCAGUCAGGGUGAAAAAAUUGCUGUUUUGGCAGUUGAUCCAUCCUCUACCACAAAUGGAGGAUCACUGAUGGGUGACAAAACAAGAAUGCAAGAACUUUCACGAGACCUGAAUGCUUUUAUACGUCCGUCGCCGACCAGUGGACAUUUGGGUGGUGUCACUCGUUCCACAAAUGAGGCCAUAAUUAUGUGCGAAACUGCUGGUUACAAGACGGUUUUCAUUGAAACGGUUGGUGUAGGACAGUCUGAAUACGCCGUAGCCGAUAUGGUCGACAUGUUUGUUGUUCUGAUUCCGCCGGCUGGAGGAGACGAACUUCAGGUAACACCCCCAAUUCAUUUUGCUUUUCUCCCCACUUGCAACCCAACUUUUUGUCAUUUGCCCAGGCGGUAUAAUGGAGCACAGUCAUCUGGUAGUUGUGAACAAAGCCGAUGGAGAUUUGAUGGAAGCCGCGAUGAGAAUGCAGUACGAAUACACUUCAUCGCUCAAGUUCAUGCGACCAGUAUCACCGAAUUGGCGUCCGAAAGUAUUGACCUAGGUCCUGAAAGUCUCUUCGCUAACCAAGGAAGGAUUGCCCGAGCUGUGGGCCGUCAUGCAGGAGUUCCAUCAAACCCUGUUGAGAACGGGCGAACUACUGGAAACGCGUCGCAAGCAGCAGCGCGUUUGGAUGUGGAACUACAUCACUCAGCAUAUCAUGCAGGUGUUUCGCGAAGAUCCCCGAGUGAAGCUAGCUCUUGCCAAUGGGUCCUGAUCUACUGGCGCAUUAUAAAGAAAUGCAAGUUAUCCGCUUAUAGCCGGAGGGCAGCAGCUGGCGUUACGACUUGAGUUUUCCCUUUUCCCUUUUUUAUAUUAGCAACUUGAUCCUGUUGGCCCGUGGAGCCCUGCUGGUGUAUUGAGAAGGAAUAAUUUCAUUCAUCUUUUCAAUUAGAAAGACGGAAUCAAAUUUUUCUUCUUGUGGAAACACUGGGAAACACCGAGAAUAAUAGAACCAAAAUAAAAACUGUGACAAGGAAAACAGUAAAAGAUAUUCAACUGAAUAUCAGUAGAUAUAUGGCCAAGAAAAUUUUUUUUUUCUUUAUUCAUUUAGACAUUUAGUCUAAUACGUUAAAUCUAUAAUGAAAAAUUCCUUUGAUGAGUUUUUUUCUUCUUUGAAUUGGCUUAUUGAUUGAAAUAAAAGAUGUUUUCGCGCA